UUCAAGCAUAUAUUUUUAAAAUAAAUUCUCUAUUCUAUGUACUUUCAAAUUUUAAAAGAAUUUAAUUUUAUACUAAUAUAAGUGCACAAUGUUUUGUACAGUGUCUCGCAUAUUAUCUUCGCAAAGUCUUCCUUUUAGGUUCUCUUCACGAAACAUUGUGAAAGUUGCUACGGUAGCCGGAAAAAAAUAUGCAGGAGAUCAGCUAGAAUAUAUUAAAUCAGCAGCUGAGGAAGAUAUUGUCAAUUGGUCAGAUGUAAAGAAGAAAGCCUUAGCAAUACAAGGAUCUUUGAAUCCUAUGAAUAUAGAUGCGGUUCUUUUGAAGUACAUGGUUAAUAUGAGAAACAUCGAUGCCGCCCUUUCGUUCGCUGGUUAUCUUAGAAAUUCAGACAAAGAACUAAGUUUGGGGUCUAUUAAUAGUCUAUUGCUGUUAUACUACCAUAUAGGUAAGACAGAGAAGUUAUCUGAUGAUCAAAAGAACUUCAUAUUGGAUACAUAUAAAAAACUAUAUGAUAAAUACAAAGUGUUAGAUUUUACGACCUGUGAAAGAUUGCUUCAUGCUUUAUGUGUAAUAGAUGAAUGGAAGAAAGCUUUUAAAGUCCUCGAUAAUAUACUUCUUAGUUGUAAACCUUCACAUUCUGCAUAUAGUACAUUGAUACAGACAUUGUUUAUAAAUAAUAAGAAGAAUGAAGCCAUGAAGUUAAUAGAACAAAGUGUAAGUAAUAAUAGACCAUUGUCAGAUUAUGCAUAUGAAGCAUGGAUUAAAUACAUUCUAAGUAAAUAUAAAGACAAGAAAACAAUAUUAAAACACAUGGAGAACAUUUUAACAUUUGUUGCUGAUAAUAUAACAACUAUUAAUUUAGAGACAGCUAAUAAAAUACAAGAACUUUACAGUAGUCAAUCAUGGGAUGUGCAAUUCACUAAAAUUGGAAAAAUGGAUGGCAAAUGCAGUCAUUGUUCAGAAAAAUUAGAACCCUUACAGUUGACUGCAGAAGAAUUUAAGGUGUUACAAGAAAAUGUCAAAGAGAAAUUGAUUGUUGGUUCAAACUUGUUUCUAAAAACAUCACCUGAUGAGUUAAAUAGGUUUCUGAAUUUCUUAGACAAGACUGCACCUUACGAUGUUGUUUUAGAUGCUCUCAAUAUAGCAUAUGCUGGUAAAAAAGGCCCACUAGAUAGAUUCAAGAUUCUGCAUCAUGUUGUGGAUCAUUAUACUAAGUCAAAUAAGAGAAUAUUAUUGCUAGGGCGGAAGCAUAUGCUGAAAUGGAAGAAUCACCAGUUACAGGGCUUGAUAAGUAAAACAUGCAGUUUCUUCACUGAUGAUUUGUCACAGGAUGAUCCAUUUUUCAUAACAGCUGCAAUAUGUAGCGGGCCCCACACCGAUUUUGUGUCCAAGGAUCUUCUGCGAGGCCACAUUUUCCUCAUGCAAGAUGAAAAACUUAAACUGCUAUUCAGGAAGUGGCAAUGGCAACAUCAGUGGAUGGUUUUUGUAAACAAACAGGGCCGGAUUGUGUUACGGGAGCCAUUAAAAUUCAAUCCAUGUGCGCAGAAGAACAAAGAGAGCUGGCAUUUGCCAUACGAAACUGAGGAUACGGAUGUUAAUUCUGCGCCAAUUAAUGACGGAGUACCAGAUUUGUCGCGAUGGCUUUGUUUAAGAUAUAAACCAGUUAGAUGACGA